CCAUCGCUGACACGGUCGGGGAACUGAGAAGGGACUCGUCCAGUUUCCGGUAUCUAGUUCCAACCAUGGGUCUGAAGACGGGCUCUGUCUCGAAGCUGCAACCCCUCAGCUUCCACAUGAAUUCCUGAGGCUCGGAGAUAUUCGCACCUGUACCAGCGUGCCCGCCAUUCUACCGGCGAUAACGAGUGGCCGCGGCGAGACUAUGAUAGUUCCCCGUAAAUCCAAUCAGGACCUGAUCCGACCCCGAUCUCGCAGGAACAGCUAUGUGUUGCCCAAAUAUCCCGUCCCUUCUCUGCAGGAGACACUGGACACCUACCUGAAAUCUGUGAAUCACUUGGUCACGCUGGAGCAGUACCAAACCACAAAAGCCAUUGUGGAAAGUUUUGGCGCCACUGGCGGGAUGGGCGAACUGUUGCAGGAACAUUUGGUAAAGCGACAAGAAAAGAAAGUUAACUGGAUUUAUGACUGGUGGUUGGAUACCAUGUAUCUAUGCAACCCACUUGCACUUCCUGUAAACUCCAGCCCUGGAAUGGUCUUCCCUCAGCAGAACUUCCAGGAUGAGGGUGAUCAGCUCAGGUUUGCUGCUCGUCUCAUCAGUGGAAUACUGGAUUACAAAGUUGUACUGGAUGCCCGUGCCUUACCUGUUGAUUUUGCCCGCGGUCAGUUAGCAGGGCAUGCCUUGUGUAUGGAACAGUACUACAGGCUUUUCACCUCCUACCGUCUACCGGGUCAACAAAAAGACACACUGGUAACCCAGAAAAUCAAUGUCAUGCCUGGAACGGAGCAAGUGAUCGUGGCUUAUCGAAACCAGUUCUUUGUUUUGGAUGUGGUCAUAAAAUACAGACGAUUGAACGAAACUGACUUGAUCACCCAGUUGAGGAGGAUUGUGAAAAUGGCGGGGAGUGAGGACGAAAGGUCACCCCCUUUAGGUCUCCUCACAUCUGACUGUCGGCCCAAGUGGGCGGAGGCAAGGGAAGUGCUUAUAAGAGAUUCAACCAACCGAGACUCUCUGAAUGCCAUUGAACGUUGCAUAUUUCUGCUUUGCUUGGACGAACCAAUUGACGUUGAACUGACUGAUCUAAACAUGGCUCUGCAGAUGAUGCAUGGCAAUGGUUGGCAUAAAAACAGCGCAAAUCGGUGGUAUGACAAAACUAUGCAGUUCAUUGUUGGACGGGAUGGAGUGUGUGGUUUGGUUUAUGAGCAUUCACCAGCAGAAGGGAUUGCUGUUAUACAGUGUGCCGAACAUCUACUUUGCUACAUUAAAGAGACAGCAAGGAGGCCGGUCAGAGCAGACUCUCUGUGUGAGCUGCCUUCUCCUCGAAGACUGAGAUGGAAGUGUGGCCCCGAAAUCCACAGAUGCUUAGCCUCAGCAGCUGACAAACUUCAAAGGUUGAUAGAAAACACGGACUUAAACAUAUAUCGGCUGAAGGCUCUCGGUAAAGACUUUAUCAAGAAACAGAGGAUGAGCCCUGAUGCCUUUAUCCAGGUUGGCUUGCAGCUGUCUUUUUACAGGUGUCAUGGAAGACUAGUCCACACUUACGAAAGUGCCUCUGUUCGCUGUUUCCAGGAGGGAAGAGUUGAUAAUAUCCGAUCAGCAACGAAAGAGGCUCUUGAUUUUGCAAAGGGAAUGAUCGAUGGAAGAGCUUCAAUCUCAGACUCAAAGAAGAUGGAGCUUCUGUGGGCUGCAGUCGACGCACAGAUCAAUUACACAGUUCAAACUAUUACAGGAAUGGCAAUUGACAAUCACUUACUUGGACUGCAGGAGAUGGCGAAAGAACUACAGAUGGAUUUACCGAAACUAUUCACUGAUAAAACAUACCUGAUGAGCAACAAUUUCCUCCUCUCCACCAGCCAGGUACCAACUACAAUGGAUGGAUUUCUGUUUUACGGUCCUGUGGUUCCCGAUGGUUAUGGCGUUGCUUACAACCCACGUUUGGAUCAGAUUAUCUUCUGCAUCUCCUCCUUCAAUAAUUGCAAGGAAACCUCUUCAGCCAUGUUUGCAAAAGCCGUGGAGAAGAGUUUCAAGGAGAUGAAAGACCUGUGUGUGAAGUACAACACCAAAGCCAAGCUUUGUUUUCUGGGGAAUGCAACAUACAGUGCUCAAAAUGGAACAAAAUCACGCCAAUAAAAGUUUGCGAAUCGGGUUGAACUGUGAAAUGGUCAAAUGAUCAUUUCUCUACGCCAAAGAAUAGAGUUGUGUCAAUUGGUAUUAGUUUGAAGCCUACACGUAACCUGGUGGCACAUCAACUCAUUAUUGUUUGCACAUGGUGAUUGAAGUGAAUAUAAAGAAGUUAAAUGUACCAUUAGUCUACUGUAACACUGUGUUAGUCAUGUGGAAAAUAGAAAUGUUUGUUCUGUACAUAACCUCUUGAUACAUAGAUCUGCCAAAUAUAUUUUUGCAUUAUUCGUAUUGAUAUUUGUGCCAUCGAAUCCAUAUCCUUGUGUUACGUAUGUAUUUUAAUUCCUGAUGGACUUGUUUUGUGAUGUUGUAUUUACAUAAUUUUAAAAGGCAGACAACAGCUCCGUAUCCCCAUCAGCAAGAAACCCCCAAUGAUGUUGAAUGUAAAAGUUGCUGUGUGCUAAAAUAUGUGUUGUCGUUGUUGUUGCAAACGCUCAUCAUAAAUGUUUAACGUGUCCUGGUUUAAGCCUUUCUAGAAGUAUUCUUGUGCAAGCUAUUGUAGUGUACUUCUUGAAAGCAGCUCUGACAGUCCAGCCCUCCCUGGAGUAUCAUGGCAUAUGUUGUGUGCAGUCUAUAAAUGAUGAUGUUAGAGUCAAUGGUGCAUUCUAUAUCAAAUGGCAAUCAGAUGAAACUAUUUUUGUUCAAGAUGCAUAUCUGGUCCUAUUAAAAGUAUUAUAAUUAUGCAAUAAAAGAUACUUAUUUUGAAAAAUAUAUAACAAAAAAAUAUAUGUCUUUUAUGGAGAAAUUAAGAAAAUAUGAUUCUGUAUUUCAUGUUGGAAAAUGAUGCAAGUUGUAUUUGGUAUUAUAUUAUAUUUUCUGACAAUCUAUUUAUGAUUUCAAUGUAAGUUAUUGUGUGUGAUUGUGAAUAUUAUAUUCAUUGGCCAUUACAAAUAUGGUACAUUGAUGCUGCCUUGGUGUUUAGAAUUGGUUCUAUGGACCAAGUACAUAGAAGUUCAAUAGGAACAAUUGUGCAUGUUAUUUAAUGAAAUACUGUAAAUUCAGGGAGGAACAUUGUAACCACCAAAAACUUCCUCCAUUGUGUAUUUCUGAAUAGACUAGGAACCAGUUUGUUGUAUCCUGUGCCAAAUCAGUUCCCUCAUCUCUUGAACCAAUGCAUAACAUGAAUAAAAUGCUACUAUGAACCA